AUAAACCACGCUAGGUCAUGUAUACGAGGAUUUUCAUUAAGAGAAGGAAAGUGGAGGAUAGAGCGUGAUGGACGGGUUUGUUAUAAAUAAUGCUGAAGGUUGACCAACCAGAAUUAUUUCCUUUAAAAGCUACUGCAUAACCUCUAACUACCAAUCAUCAGUAAACUAUAAAACCAAGAUACCACUGAAGAGUAUCUUCAUCUCUAAACCGUUACUCUCCUCUACUAUUUCUCUCAUAUUUCCCCUCCUCGAACGCCUCGGACAAUCAGUGAGAGCGAGGGCCCUUUCCCAAUCAAUUCACCUCUCUCUAUCUCUCUCUCAGCCUUUUUUAUCGCAAAAGAAGCCAAGAAGCUCAAGAAAAGACUAAGAGACCCUCUCUGCUGUUCUCUCACAUUUUCCCUUCUUUCUUGACAUCAUCCACCAAGAAAACACCCACCCAAAAAGAAACUAAUCUUGAUGGACAGAAAGGUGGCAGAAGAAGUGAAAAGGGAUCGUAUCCCAGAACAUGUGGUGACAAAGAUACUACUGAAAUCACCCAUCAAGUCAAUUUUGAGAUUCAGGUGUGUAUCACAAUCAUGGAACUCCCUCAUUACUCUCCCUUACUUCAUCAAGGAGCAUUUGGCCAAAGCCAAACCAUUGAUUCUUCGAACCGAAAACCCAGUAGUAUCACUCUCUUUACUUAUUGAUAAUGAUCGUUUAGAUAGGAGCUCACAAAUAAAGUUUCACCGCCCAUAUGCUUUCGAGAUAGUUGCUUCUUGUAAUGGAGUUGUAUGUCUUAGGGGUAGAUAUCCCGAAUUUGAUGGCAGCAGGAGGCUUAUUUUGUGGAACCCGUCAAUUAAGAAAACUUUGCGCCUUCCACCUCCGAGGUCAUUUGCCAGUACUGUCCCGACUUUAUUAGGCCUUGGCUAUGAUCCAAGAAGUGAUGACUAUAAGGUUCCUAGGAUUGUGAGGCUUGGCAAUUCAGCCGAGCAUCCAUUUGUUUUCCAGUUUUUCUCUCUCAAUUCUGGAUCAUGGAAUGAAAACGUUGAUUUCUUCAGCAGUACUAGUCUUGAAAACAAAGAUGCGUUGCGCAGCAUCACCCUUUAUCGCUAUGAUAAUCAGGCUAUAGUAAACGGGGUUAUUCACUGGCUUUUAAAUCGUAGGGACGAAAUCGAUACGGAAAUGUCCAGUAACAGAUGGUCACCUUUAAUGCUUUAUAACGAUGUGUUUGUGCUGGCUUUCCAUUUAAGCAAUGAUUCAUUCGGUGAGAUAAGGCCGCCUGAAUGUUUUGAUGAUACGACCAAGGUGGUGACAUGUAGGACAAUUUCAGUGUUCAAGGACUUACUUUCUUUUAAUGUGUUUGAGGGUGGUCCGUAUAGCAGAAGAUAUAAUUGUGAGAUAUGGGUGAUGGAACAAUAUGGUGUGAGGGAAUCAUGGACCAGACUAUACCAGAUUGAAAUGCUGCAUGUAGCAAGACCAGUGGUUCUUAGGAGUAACGGAGAGAUAUUAAUGGCAGGAUACGGAUCUGAUAGAUUAGUUUCAUGUCAACCUCUGGCACCGAGAAUUCGUGAUAUGGGGCUGGACCUGUCAAUCGAUGGCUACGCUGCUUAUUUUGUAGAAAGUCUUGCUUUACUUGAUAAAUGAAACUAGACUCGGCAGAAAAAGGCUGCUGGACACGCAGCAACUAAUGGAGCACCCUUCUUCUAUGCAGGCUGCUGGUCACGCAGCAACUAAUGGAGCACCCUAAAUAAAAUAAGAAAGAGGCACUGGAGAGGUUGUCUUCGGAAAGGAACGUAGUAUUCGGAUCAGUUUUAGAUUUUAAUGCUUCUUCACAUUUACACAGCUCAAACUAUUUCUCAUUGUUCUGGCAAUUUCUGAAGAAUUUAUAGUUUUCUGGUAGAUAUAUCUCCUCGUAUCAGCCUUUUAGUGCUGGUGUGCGGCAGUUGCUUUGCGCUGUCGAUCUUGUCGAUGAUUGAUGGCAAGGAAUGCUGAUAAUAAAAAUGCAGCUCAACUCGUUUCUAUGGCUGUGGUGACUUAGCUAGGUAGCAUCUCAAAUUGCGUGUAAAAGUGUGUGGCUAUGCUCCUUAUAAUAGAAAUUGUGAUAACACCAGCCAGUUAGAGAAUUCAGUGAAAAU